AAGUACUGUCUUCUUGCUUCAUUAAAAGCACUCUCUUUCUUCUAUCUGUCUCUAGUACAAAUUACUACUACUAUACAUACAUUCAAUAUUAUAUGUAGCGGUCUGUUUUAUUUUCUUUUGUUAAAAGAUUUAAGCUAGGAAGAGGGAGCGACACCGUUUGAGCGGUUUUGAUUGAAUAUGCGAAAAACACCCUUUUAGUUCAUUCUUUCUUUAGACUUUGGUUUCUGUUUUGAUGCGUUGCUUUCCUAUAAGGACUAUUGGUCUUUCUUUCUUUCUUCUAUUCAUCAUUUGAAAAGUUCCAAAAAAAGUUCUUUCUUUUUGUCCUUCCUCCUUUCUUUCUUUCCCUUUUUUUUUCAGCAUAUCUGAUAGCAAAAGACCCUUCGUUUGAAUAGUUUUGGAGCUUCAUUCAUGCAAAGAUGAAGUCUUUUAACACUGUUUCUGUGCCUGAUCCUAAAAGUAGAUCAUGUAUCUGCAGCCUCUUCAUGACUGUUGCUUUAAUUUGUGGUGUCUACUUUACCGGAAGUGCUUUGGUGGCUAAGGAUUUCAGGGCACUUCCAGGUUUUGUAGUGAACCGUGCAAAGCAGAAUGAACAAUGCAGAAAAUGCGAGGUACCACUGUCAAAACAGGACAAACAAGAGAGUCGUGUGACAGAGAAUGUGCAAAACAAUAAAUGCCAGAAAAAGUGCAGGCCAUUAGGAAGUGAGGCACUCCCAGAAGGAAUUGUUUCUAAAACUUCAAACCUGGAAAUGCGCCCAUUGUGGGGAGAUGUUGAGAAGACUCCACACUCAGUUAACUUGUUGGGGAUUGCAGUUGGAAUAAAGCAAAAAGAGUUGGUGGACAAAAUAGUUAAAAAGUUUCUUGAACACGACUUUGUUGUGAUGCUUUUCCACUAUGACGGUGUGGUGGAUGAGUGGAAUGAUUUGGAUUGGAGUAGCCGAGCCAUACAUGUCUCUGCUAUGAACCAAACAAAAUGGUGGUUCGCGAAGAGGUUUCUGCACCCAGAUAUAGUUUCUGAAUACGACUAUAUUUUCUUGUGGGAUGAGGACCUUGGAGUUGAAAACUUUCAUCCGGAAAAGUAUAUAUCUAUUAUUAGAGAAGAAGGGCUGGAGAUAUCACAGCCAGCACUUGACGCUAGUAAAUCAGAGGUACAUCAUCAUAUUACUGUGCGCAGAGGGAGAUCCAAGGUGCACAGGAGGUUCUACAGAUUAAAUAAAAGUGGCCGAACGUGUGAUAACAACAGCACAGAACCUCCUUGUGUGGGGUGGGUAGAAAUGAUGGCUCCAGUAUUCUCAAAAGCCGCCUGGCGUUGUGCUUGGUAUAUGGUCCAGAACGACCUGAUCCAUGCAUGGGGCUUGGAUAUGAAGCUUGGUUAUUGUGCGCAGGGUGAUCGUACUAGGAAAGUUGGUGUGGUUGAUGCAGAGUACAUAACUCAUUUGGCUGUCCCUACUCUGGGUGCUAAUUCAGAUGUAGACAUGGUGAUCAAAGAGUUCGAUCAUUCGCUGCAAGGAAAGAAGCUAUCUGAUUCUGAUGCAUUGGUCGCUCCAGUUGAGAAAUUUGAUAAUAGGUCCCUGGUUAGGAGACAAUCAUAUAUUGAAAUGAAGAUUUUUCGAGAUAGGUGGCGUAAAGCCACCAAGCAAGAUCAAUGUUGGGUUGAUCCAUUUCAAAGUCGAAAAAAGGGGAGAAAAGCCACACACACAUAAGGACUUUCUCAUAAGCUAUACAAGUGAUUCAGUUGUUUAUACAUUAUAUACAGAACGCUUAAGAGUAAAAGUAAAUACCACACAAGGUUAAUAGAGAUACACAUCAAAAACCAGUUACACGAUGCUAAUAUGGGAUGUGGAUAACUCAGUCAUUUUUCUUUUUCUUUUUUCCUUUCCCUUUGGAAAUAAUUUUCAUUUCACAUAGAUUUUGGACAUUUUCAGUUUGCUCGGUACAGAUAAAUUUUGUGGUAUUUGUAAAUACCAUUUUUUUUUUUGGGGUCUAAGAAUAAUGCCAAGGUGCUGUAUAUAUAUAUAUAUAUGUUUAUGACCUUGGUGAUUUGAUUCGGAUCAAUAAUAAGAAUAUUGUUGUUAA